AUGGCCGAGGAGACUUAUUUGAAACAAUCCACUCAAUUGGGUAACUUGGGAAGACCCCAAGUUGCCAUUUUGGAUUUCGGAUCCCAAUAUUCCCACUUGAUUGCUCGACGAGUCCGUGAAUUGCAUGUUUACUGUGAGCUUUAUUCGUGUCUAGUUAAGGUUGAAGAGCUGGCCCAACACGAGUUGACCGCAAUCAUUCUGAGUGGCGGUCCCAACAGUGUUUACGACGAAGGUUCGCCCCAUGUGUCUCCUGAAGUGUGGAAGUUGAUUGAAGAGCGCAAUAUUCCAGUUUUGGGCAUCUGCUAUGGUAUGCAAGAGUUAGCUCAUGUCUUUGGGGGUACCGUGGCCCCAGGAUUGAAGCAUGAAUAUGGAAAGGCAAUGGUCAAACGUGUUGAGGGAUGCGAUUCUCAGCUUUUGGAUGGUAUGCCAGAGGAGUUCCAAAUGUGGAUGUCCCAUGGAGAUAAGCUUACAAAGACUCCUGAGGGAUUCAAGCCUGUCGGUUCGACCGACAACGCCGAAUUUGUUGCCAUUGAAAACUUGGAGAAGCGGAUGUGGGGUCUUCAAUUCCACCCAGAGGUGACACAUUCUCCUAAGGGAAGGGAACUUUUGGGAAACUUUAUCAUCAAGAUUGCCGGAGCCAAACCUGACUGGGUCAUGACUGACUAUGCUCAAGAAUUUAUUGAUGAUGUUCGCAAGACGGUUGGGGAGGGUCACGUGAUUGGUGCCGUUAGUGGUGGAGUCGACUCGACUGUUGCGGCUGUUCUUAUGACCAGGGCAAUUGGUGAUCGAUUCCACGCGAUUUUGGUGGACAAUGGGUGCUUGCGAAAGGAUGAGGCCACAAAGGUCCUCAAGAGAAUGCGCGAAGAUUGUGGUGUCAAUUUGCGAUGUGUGGAUGCCUCGGACCGCUUCCUAGAUCUGCUCAAGGGAGUCACUGAACCUGAAAAGAAGCGAAAGAUUAUAGGGGGAACCUUCAUUGAAGUCUUCCAAGAGGAAGCCAUCAAGAUUGAAGCCGACAUGGGGAAGAAGUGCGGAUACUUGCUUCAAGGAACCUUGUAUCCUGAUGUUAUUGAAUCCAUUUCCUACAAGGGACCAUCUGCCACUAUCAAGACCCACCACAAUGUUGGAGGACUGCCCGCCAACAUGAAUCUGAAAUUGAUCGAGCCCCUUCGUGAAUUGUUCAAGGAUGAGGUACGAGAAUUGGGUAUGGCUCUUGGAAUUGAUGAAGCCAGUGUCUGGAGACAUCCAUUCCCUGGUCCAGGCUUGGCCAUUCGUAUAUUGGGAGAAGUCACCCGCGAACGUGUCAAGAUCCUCCAAGAGGCCGAUGACAUUGUCAUUCAAGAAUUGUUGAACAGUGGUCACUACCGCAAGAUUGGCCAAGCCUUUACUGUCUUGCUUCCUGUCAAGUCUGUUGGUGUCAUGGGAGACGGUCGUACUUACGAAAAUGUGGCCAGUGUGCGAUGUGUGGAGACUACCGAUUACAUGACUGCCGACUUUUAUCAUUUGCCUUAUGACGUCAUGGGUAAGAUGAGCAGCCGCGUUAUCAACGAAGUCAGGGGCAUCAACCGAUUGUGUUACGAUAUCAGUUCCAAGCCUCCUGCCACCAUUGAAUGGGAAUAA